AACACACGAUGAAACCUUAAAAGUUUGUGGAAAUGUAUCAGCCGAAGUAUUUAGUGCUCCUUUUAAAGUAUAUUCUGCAAAAAAAUUUCCGGGUAUGACAGAAUCGACUGCGCUUUCUAAAGCUUUUGCUAGUCAGGGAAUUAAACUUACUAUUCGUAAAGACUUUCGUUAUCAAAGAACAAAUAAUGCUAAUAAUGAUGAAUUACCCAAUCAAACAAAUGAAUUUGCCACUCCUUCAACUCCAAAUAGUAUCGUUAAACUUGAUAUCGAUAAUCAAGAGGAUGAUGCUGAAGAACCUUCCGAUACCGAUUCAUUUAAUGAAAAGAUAAAACAAGAACGAUAA